AUGAAUUCUCAGCUUCAAAUUCCAAUAGACCUUGUGCAGCGGAUUCACGACAGUCAGACUUUGGCAGUCGUAUCAGUCGCGGGUGCCGGCACAGCGGCAAUAUCCUGGCUGCUUGGGGUUGCCGGAGCAUCGCGCACAGUUCUGGAAAUUUCGGUCCCUUAUGCUUCACCUGCCCUCACCGAGUUCGUCGGAUAUGAGCCAACACAGUUCGUAUCAGAGGAGACAGCCGUCGCAAUGGCGAAGUCUGCAUAUAGACGCGCCCUGCAUCUCAGAGAGGGCGCGGCGCCUGUGGUUGGUAUAGCCUGCACCGCCACCAUCGCCACUGACCGCACGAAGCGCGGCGAACACCGUUGUCAUAUAGCGGCUUGGCAUAGCAUCGGCGUCAACACAUACAACCUUACUUUCAUCAAGGGAUUGCGCGACCGCGCGGGCGAAGACGAGAUUGCAAGCAAACUGGUCCUGCGCGCGAUUGCAGAGAGCGCCGGAGUGGAGUUUGACACCGACUUGCGCCUCGACUCUUCCGAAGGCGUGCAGUCAACAGCCAAACGGUACGAAGACCCCAUAGAAGCGUUGAUGACAGGACACAUAGAAACGGCAAUCGUGCGGGCGGACGGCAGCAUGCUUGCUGACGAACCGUUCACCGGCGGCAUCCUGUCCGGCUCAUUCAACCCAUUGCACGAGGGGCACGAAGCUCUUGUGGAAACGGCAUCAAAGAUGCUUGGAGAGCCGGUGGCGUAUGAACUGUCCGUGACGAAUGUUGACAAGCCGCCGCUGCUUGAAGGCGAGGUGCGGCGCAGGGUCGCGCAGUUCACCGGCAAGGCAAGUAUCGUUCUGACUCGCGUUCCCGUGUUCUACGAAAAGGCAAGCCUUCUGCCGGGAUGCACUUUCAUCAUUGGCGUGGACACCGCCGUAAGGCUUUUCGACCCAAGAUACUACGGGGGCAGCGCCUCUCAAAUGAUGCUGGCGCUGGAGCAGAUGCGAAAGCACAAUUGCCGAUUUCUCGUCGCCGGGCGCGCCGAGGGAAACGCUUUUCGUACCCUGUCCGAUGUCAACAUCCCUGACGGUUUCGAUGACAUGCUUCAGCCCAUCCCUGAAUCGGCGUUCCGCAGCGACAUAUCGUCCACGCAAAUCAGACAGGCACAAGGCGCCGUCAGCGCAUGA